AUGCAGAGGGUCAUCCGCUGCCGGGUCGUCCAGGCCAUGCGUGCCGUGCAGCUCGUACAGGCCGAACACAUGCAGCCAACCACAAGGCUGGCGAGCACGCAUAUGAGCUGCCGGAAGGUCGUGAUCGUCACUUUGGCUUGCUCACCGACGGUGAACCAUUGGGCGGAGAUUAGAGAGGGCGGUCAGCAUUCGGCGAAAGCCCACCUUGGGCUUAUCCGUGACUUUCUUGAGCUUGAUGCAAGCAGCACCGAUCGUCUUCCUUCACUCAUCCGUCUAGGUGACUUGGAAGCAGACGGCUCGCCCGUGUUUGACCCGACGCUUGUUGAGCGGUACUUGGAACGACUCGAUCGCGCAAAGCUCUCUACCCUUGUGGCUGCCCAUGUCACUGGUGGGGGCAUGAACCGGGGGACCGAGUUCCUGAGCGGGAAGAUCCACAACGACCGAUUGGGAUUACGCAACUAUCAUUUCAUGGAUGGCAUGAUCGCCUACCACACCACGUACCUCAAGACGCGCGCCUCCAGCUAUGCACAUGGAAUGAACAUCCGCGUCUACCCGGAACGAGUUACAGUCCUCUUUCUCAAAUGGGCCGCAAAGCAUCGGUCUAUGCGAGGGACUUCUUCCGCCAACUGCGGAACCGGCUUCUUUCGCACCGAUCGGUUCUCAGACACGCUCCAACUGUUGACCCACUUGCACGCCGCGCUGAAGCUCAAUAUCCAUGAUUACCGACAAAUCGUCAAGCUUGUGCUGCACCGGAGCCUACGGAGCUCAUCUCGUCCCCAAUCCCUCAAUUUUUUUUUCGCACAUUUGGAGGCCACGGUCGAUCCUAGCCUUUUCUCGAACUAUGGCGGACCGAACGCCGACGAUGGCUACUACGCCAAAAGCAUCGAAGAUGUCCAUAUCAUCAUGCGAUGCGAGCUCCACGUAUACAACGUUGAGCUGGAACAACAAGCGAGUUCGCCGACAUCCGGAUCGAACCUCAGAAUUUCGGGCUUCGAGGACGCAUCCGACUAUCUGUCAAACUUAGUUGCGGCUCCUUUCUAUGUUAAUGGGGACGGGGUCCCGAUCAACGACUACCUGACGGCAGACAUGGCUCGGUAUGCGACCCCCUACACUCACUCAGCAGAAAUUGCCAACAUCUACGCCCGGCAAGUUGCACUGUACAGCACUGCAUUUGUUCCACUGUUUGUCUUGGCUGGCCUAGUUGGUGCAUUCACGCUCCUCAUCUUCACCUUGAUAUUCCUCAUGAUUUUGAUUUCCUUCGGUCGCUCUCCAAAUUCUUUUGCUGUACUCGCGCACGGCCGUUUGACUGAGCUUCUCUUCGCUGUUCAUGCGGCCUUCGGAGGAGAAUCCGAUGGGCGUGAGCCCGACGGUAUGGAAAGCUUCGAGCAGGAGGGACGCGGCCGUCUUUUGCUUGUCAGCUCUACGGUAGAAGGAUUUGCUAUAUGCCCUUUUGCUCCAAACGUGGGAAACGGGAACAUGCGUAGCUGA